AUGUCGAGACCAAAGUUCGCCGUGCUCGACGACUACCAGAAUGUCGCAGCCGCCCACUUCGCCCACAUCACAUCCCGCGUCGACAUCUCCUACUUCCCCGAGACACUCGACCCGCGUGACCCCGCACAACAGAAGACCCUAGUCGACCGCUUACGGCCCUUCGAUGUGAUCCUGGCUAUGCGCGAACGGACCCCGUUUUCCGCGGACACCAUCGCCGCCCUCCCCUGCCUGAAGCUCCUCCUGACUACGGGAAACAGAAACCUGUCGCUCGACCUCGACGCCCUCACUAAGCGGGGGAUCCCUGUCGCCGGCACCGUCGGUCGGCCCCCGGGUGUCGAUUCCACCGUCCAGCAUACCUGGGCGCUCAUCCUGGCGCUGGCACGCCACGUCGCGCGCGACGAUGCCGCCGUCAAGGAGGGUCGCUGGCAGGGUUCGCUGGGCGUCAACCUGUCCGGCAAGACGCUGGCGUUGCUGGGUCUGGGGAAGCUCGGGGCGCAGGUGGGCAAGAUUGCGGUGCUGGCGUUCGGGAUGAAGGCGAUCGCGUGGUCGGCGAACCUGACGCAGGAGAAGGCGGACGAGCAGGCGCUGGCGCAGGGUCUGCCCGUAGGGAGCUUUGAGGCGGUCGCGUCCAAGACGGAGUUCCUGCAGCGCGCGGACGUGCUGAGCCUGCAUUAUGUUCUUUCGGAGCGUAGUCGGGGGAUCGUGGGGGCGUCGGAACUGGCGUCUCUGCGGCCGGGCGCGAUGAUCAUCAAUACCUCGCGGGGUCCAUUGAUUGAUCAGUCGGCGUUGUUGGAGACGCUCAAUGCUGGUCGAGUUCGAGGUGCGGCUUUGGAUGUGUUCGAUCCGGAGCCGUUGCCUGCUGACAGUCCCUGGCGGACAACUGCCUGGGGCCAGGACGGACGGAGUGAAGUGUUAUUGACGCCUCACAUGGGAUACGGGGAGGAAGAUCUGAUCAAUGGGUGGUACAAGGAGGUGGCCGCGAAUUUAGAACGGUGGUUGGACGGGAAGGAAUUGCAGAUCCGGCUUAAUUAG